AUGACCAUGAGUAUGAUACCUAAAGAUAUUCGAGAUAGCACACCGUCUGCAUAUGAAAUUGCUCAUAAUCCAAAGUUAAUCAGGCCAGUUACUCUAGCGUCAGCAACUUCAUCAAUCCAUAGUGAUACCAGUAGUGAUGCUAGUACUUCUACUGUUUCGAGCUCUAAGCGUGACGUUUACACUGCUGAUGAUAGUAAGCAAGAUCGUCGCCAUCACCACCACCACCAUCACCACCACCACCACCGCCCUAUUAGUAGAGACGAUAAUACAGAAGAUAUCAAUCCUAGAAAAAAUACUAUUAAAAAAGAAAAAAGUUCAUUGAAUCCGUUAAAAUUAUUUCAUAAAAAAAAUCAUGACAAUGACAGUAGUGUGAACAAUACAGGUAGCACAUCAAAAAAUAAAUUGCUUUCAUCCUCCGUGUCACGUUCUCCUUCUUUUUCUCAUGGUGGCGCUAAUAAUGCAUACAAUAAGAGUCUUAAAAGAAACCAUACUGUUACACACGAGACUUAUAGACCACGUGGCAAUACUGUCUCUAUUAAAAAUUUUGGUGUUAAUGGUACUGGUAUAUUAACGAUGACUGGCGCUGGCUCAACUGAUUCGUUAAACAACACCGAAGGAUUUAAUAUUCGACAUUCCAAAUCUAUUAAUGGUUUGAAUAGUAAUCCGUUUAUUAAUGAUACCACGGGUGUAUUAAGCCGGAAACCAACCUCUAGUGGUAUUGGUAUGAUGCAAUAUAACCCAUAUGGUACUUUUUCACCGAAUGCUGGUAGCGGCAGUGGUAGUUCGCAUGAUCUUGGAUUUUAUCUAACUGAUGGUACUGGUGAAUCUAAUUUACUACCGUUGCCCAUUGAGAAUCCCAAUGAUUUUUUGCCGCCAGACUUGAAGCAAUUGAAUAUUUUGUUAACUGACGAUUUUGUGAUUGCCAGUGAUAGGAAAUCUCUAGGUAAGGGUGCGUCAAGUGAUGUCCGGCAAAUUAUCUCUAAGCAUAGGAAAAAAAAAGUUUAUGCUUUGAAAAAAUUUUGUCUUUUCAAUAAAGAGUCGCCCAAACAUUUUUACGAAAGAUGUUCCAAGGAGUAUAUUAUUGCUAAGACCUUAAGUCGAAAUAAGCACAUUGCCACAACCUAUUAUUUGAUGAAAAUUCCGACAACGUCAUUAAUGAGUAGGGGUUGGGGAUUUGUCAUGGAAUACUGUACUGGGGGAGAUCUAUUCAAUUUGAUUCUACGACCAAAGUGGAAGAAAGACCCAGCUGGUGAAAAGUUUUGUUUAUUCAAGCAGAUUUCCCUUGGUAUUAGGUUUAUGCAUAAAGUUCACGGGAUUGCUCACAGAGAUAUUAAGCCAGAAAACGUUUUGCUUACCGAGAAUGGUGUUGCCAAAUUAACUGACUUUGGUGUUAGCGAAUAUGGAUACAACGAUCCAAAUGACUUGGAUAGUGGUGUUAGAUUGUCCACUGCCUUUGUUGGGUCACCACCGUAUACUUCGCCGGAGGUUAUGCUCCAAAAAACGGCUGGGGAAGAUAAGAAUGGGAAUAGCACUGCCAAGCCAUAUGAUCCAUUCAAAAUGGAUUGUUGGUCAUUGGGUGUUGUAUUUUUUGCCAUGAUGUAUCAGUGUCCACCAUUCACCAGUGCUGAAAAUACCAAUGCUCACUAUAGAGACUUUAUGUUUUCUUAUGAUUCCUAUACAAAUCGAUAUCCUGAAUUUAAAGCCAAAAUGAAUCCGAAGGACAAUCCUAAAUCGUUAAUGCAUGGCCCAGGCGGUGAUUCUAAAUGGGGGAGGGAAUUUCAGAAUACCGAUGCCUCAAGGGUUGCUUGGAAGCUAGUUGAUCCUAAUCCUGAGACUAGAUAUACUAUUGAUGAUGUUUUUUAUGAUCCAUGGUUUCAGAAAAUUGAAACUUGUACGUUGGAAAAUAAUGACAAUGAGGGCGAUGAUCGUGAGGGUACGAUUGAUGAUCCUAAUUUACCUAUAUUAACCGAAAACAUUUAUGAUAAUUUUACCAAUUCUGUGAAUAAACCAACUUCCAAUCCGUUUUCGCAUCGUUCUGGACCAACCACUAAUAACAGCCUUGGUGAGAGUUUUAGUAGGAGAUCCAGUACUAAAAGUAUGUUGGAUAUUGCAGAAAAUGCAACUGGAAGGGGAAUAACCGGACUUAAAAUGAAGAAAUCCAGUGGUGUUCCCCUUGAGUUACCUACUGAUAAGGAACCCUCAUUUGUUUUGAAAUCUGAUGAAGGAGAGUUACCAACUGUCACUGAACAAAAAACUAAAGAAUGUGUGGAGGCAAAUGAAAGUGAUGAAGAAAAUAACGAUGCUGGUUUUAAAGACGCAUCUAACAGACUUAAUGAGUUAAGUUUAGAAAAACAUAAUAAUGUUAUUAGCACAAAUUCUUCUCACAAUAAUAGUGCAGAUGACUUAUCUUCGUCCAAGUCGUUUAUUUUAAAUUUCCCAUCAAGGGUAAAUAAUGGUUUACCUAAUGUCAAUGGUAAUGACAUUGCACCUUCUAACAGCUCUUCUAGCCUGAACAGCAGGACUCCUACUGCAUCUACCCCGUUGGAUCAAGUCAUGAAUAAGAAAGUUAUACAUCGACAUUUAUGA